AUGCUACCUGUCCUGGCCACCCUCUUCCUCCUUCACUCCUGCUUCACCCAAGGAGAUGGCCAUGUCCUCGAAGGCCUGACGCUGCUGAAGACAGAGUUUGCACUUCGCCUCUACCAGAGCGUGGCAGCAGGUGGAAACGGGACAAACUUUGUCAUCUCUCCUGCCGGUGUGGCCCUCCCACUAGAGAUCCUGCAGUUUGGAGCCCAAGGGAACACUGGGCGACAGCUGACAGAUGCCCUGGGGUACAGCGUCCACGACCAAAGAGUAAGAGAUUACUUGCACUCCGCUUACGCCACACUGCCGACCUCCAGCCAAGGCACCGAGAUGGAGCUGGCCUGCACUCUUUUUGUGCAAGCGGGAAUGCAGCUGUCCCCCUGCUUUGUGGAGCGGGUCUACUGGUGGGCCAACAGCAGCCUGGAGCCAGCCCCCAUGAGCGCCAACCUCAGUGAGCUUGGUGAGCCCAAUGGCACCACCGACCAGGCCAGUGAAGGUGGCCCCAGACAGACCGCAGGUGGCAGGUUGCAGGGACCCAGUGAGGGUCCAGGUGGCUCACUGUGGGAGCAGGUCAGUGCAGCGUUUCCUCAGCUCGUUCUCGUGAGUGCCAUGUCCUUCCAAAGCACUUGGCAGAAGAGAUUCUCCUCCACAGACACACAGCUCCUGCCCUUCACCUGUGCCCAGGGCCUCGUCCUCCAGGUCCCCAUGAUGUACCAAACAGCCGAGGUCAACCACGGCCAAUUCCAGGAUGCUGCAGGACAUCAGGUGAGGGUGCUGGAGCUGCCUUACCUGGGAAGUGCAGCAAGUUUGUUCCUGGUGCUGCCUCGUGACAAAGACACCCCGCUGAGCCACAUUGAGCUACACCUCACAGCCAGUAUCAUCCACCUCUGGACCACCAGCCUGCGGAGAGCAAGGAUGGAUGUGUUUCUCCCCAGAUUUAGGAUCAAAAACCAAUUCAACUUAAAAAGCAUUUUAAAUUCUUGGGGAGUCACUGAUCUUUUUGAUCCACUCAAAGCUAACUUGAAAGGAAUUUCAGGUCAAGAUGGCUUUUAUGUUUCUGAAGCUAUCCACAAGGCCAAGAUUGAAGUUUUAGAGGAAGGCACCAAAGCAUCUGCAGCCACAGCUCUGUUGUUACUGAAAAGGUCUAGGAUUCCCAUUUUUAAAGCUGAUCGGCCAUUCAUCUUUUUCCUGAGAGAACCCAACACAGGAUUUGUCUUCAGUAUUGGGAGAGUUUCAAAUCCCUUAGACUAAAUUAGCAGAUCUCAAGCACGUUCUCCACUUUCAUCUAUGCUUUUCUUCAUAAAAAGUUACAAUUUCAUUUUGUUACACCCUUAAAAUUUAAAAAAAGUUCUGAUAAAGUGUAAAAAGAUAAGGGUAUGUGACUUUCAAAUAUUAUGAAUUUAAGAAUACUUCAAUUUUAUAAGUUUAUUUUACCCUCUCUUAACCCAAAACUAUGUUAACCUUCUUUUCCACUGGUUACCCCCUCAAACCACUAAGGCACAGCUGUGAUCUAUGAAUGGUGAGUGAGUCAGGCCAUAGGUUCACAUCCUCAGUAAGAUGGACAAGGCCAUGUUGGACUGAGGGUGGAGAAUGAACAGUGUUGGUUUGAUGCAAAAUGAACUAAGUCAUCUUAAAUGUAGUUCCUUUCCAUUUAGCUUCUCUAAAUAUAAUUGAGAGUUUUCAGUGUGAGAAUAGCAGAGCAGAACAAAGAGAUCCCCUUUGAACG